AUGGACCCUAGCGAGAUUGGGAAAUAUGGAACAUUGCGCCUAAUGAAAAGGCUCGAGCCAGAUACUGUCGUGGCUUCAUUUCCCAUCGACGACGAAACAGUAACCUUUGGUCGAGAUCCCCAUUGCAGCGUACGAUUGUAUUAUCCCAAAGUCAGCUCUGUCCAUGCAAGGCUGGUGUUUCGAGAACGAAAGGCAUUUGUCGUCAUUCUAGGUGCAAACGGUCUCUCUAUUGACGGAUGCCCGGUUUUCCCUUCUGACGACCCAGAUCUACCCACAACAAUACCAGUAUCUAACAACUCUGAAAUAGAGAUACACACCAAGCGUUUUAUUUUCACCUACCCUCCUAAGGAACUACGUGCCGCCCUUUUUGACAGCCCUGUCAAGAAUGGAUCUACUACUCCUGGAGCCCAAAGGCGAGCUCUACGUAUGUCUAUGAUUCGAAGCGCGGAAGUCUUCAGUCCCAGACCCAGCAAAGAUCCCAACGAAAAUCUCAAGAUAUUACAGAGUCCUCUUAAGGCUCGAGGUCGGUCACCUGUCAAGCACCCGCUACAUCAGCAACAGAAUCCCGCAAGUCAUCGUAACGAUAUGGACGAAGACGAGAUUAUUCUGGUUGAUGGAAAUAACCCGCGCGUGAUGGAGGAAGAAAAAGAUUUGGUUAUUCUCGAAUCUGUCGAAAUUAACGAACCGAUCAAUUCAUCCAAGCCCGAACCAUCAUCCAGAAAUGUUAACUUUCGCCCCCCCAAUAAUGCCAGCACGUCCUCUCAACGUCAGCCGCAAACUCCUCGUCGACAUGUACAAGGGCGUCCUUCCUUGCACCGCGCAGUGCUCAUUCGUUCAGCUCAGAGAGCCAUUAUGAAGAUGGAAACCGAGAAGGAGGAAGAGGAGGAAGAAAAAGAAGUAGAGGAAUUCAUCGCAGAGAGCAUGGAACUGGAAGACAAGCCAAAGUUUAGCGUGCUAGAUAUCCAGGAACAAGUAGAUGGGGAAGGUUUUGACGAUGACCUUAUGGAUGGAGAUUACGAUGAAGAAUCAAUUCCACAGCCAGAUCACCCGUACGGUGGGUGGAGGAAAAGCCUUGAAGCUGUCAAAGGACUAGCAUGGCCAUUCCGUUCUUCCUCCGUUCUUCAAGAAGAUGACUGUCAGCAGGUAGAAGAUUGCGGCUCAGGAGAUGAAGAGGAGCCAGCUCAGGCGGAUGAACCUGACUUUACUGACGAUGUACAAAUACUAGAAGAAGCAGAAGGACAAACGCCUCUACCUGCCUCCACAGCUACGCCAAUACGUUUACAACGACGAAACGAUUUUUUGACACCCCAACCACGUCAUACGCAAGCUCUAGAAGCCACUCGAGGUGCUGGCCGUUACUCUUUUGGUGGUGCGCAGAGAAUUCGACUGGAGCCGAAAUGGAAGGUCACGGACAUCGUUGUGCCUCUUCCAAAGGAAAAAGUGGAAGGAGCGUCGUAUCUGAAUGAUAGCCACUACGGACAAGCCGAUGAAAGCUGGGGAAGCAGGAGGUCAGUGGCGGUCUCGAAAACCAGGAGGUAUAGG